AUGGAAUCCGAAGGAGUACCGAUUCACAAGAUGUUAGCUUCUUACAUAUCAGAAUUUGACGUAACGGGAAUGGAAAAGUAUUUGAACAAGUUAGAGGAGAAAAGACCAAAGGGAUUUGCUUUAGCUAUGCUGCGUAAGUCAGAGCCGUUACUGGUUACUAAUGAGUAUUACGACAUCCUCGGACCAAUUAGAGUCUUUGGGGCUCUCAGGAUACUGUAUAGGCGUUUCGGAGAAAAGGAAGACCUUCGGCGUUUGUGGAACUUAGCUAGGGACAUGAAAGCGUUUAAGUUCAUCAAUGAAUAUAUUUGCACGAUUCUGGCGUUUUGGUUGAAAGACGAUAUCGAAGGGGCUCACCAAGUUCUUGAAGAGUGGGAUACCGGAGAACAUCGUUAUUUUGAAGUCAAGAUAAAAGAUAUUCUGGAUUUUUCUCAGUGCAGAAAACUUGUGAUACAAGGCACUGAGUUGAUGGUGAAUGGCAUGUUCGAAGAACAUAAGGAAGAGGAGGAGAAUAAGAAGACGGCAAUGGAGGUGAGGCUUAACGGAUGGGACCCAAAGAAAAAUCUUGCUUUGUCUGCGUACGCAUGUGUUCAAUAUGUGGAGGGCCAUAGAGACAUUGAGAGUACAGUUGAUGUUUUGAGAUUGUUGGGGAAGCGUGAGUCACAAGAUGCUAUUAUGGGUGAAGACCGAUUGAGUAGGAAAUUGGUGGAGGCAAUGAGAGGAGGAGGAUACGUUGGUGAAGUUUGA